GGUUGUCACAUUGCUGUCGAUUCGGGCGAAUGGUAAUUCUAUCAUAGUGACAAUAGUGUGUUUUAUGCUGCUAUUUCUGAUCUACAAUAUCAAAUGUACAUUCAGAUAAUGCACAAGUGUGACUUUCAAUGGUCGAGCGGAGUCGCAGCUACGUUACGUUUCGAGAAUGUACAUCGGAUGAUAGCGGUCAGACAUAUCAGGCUUUAUUAAACUGCAGUGACCUGACAGACAGCACGACAUCACCGUUUCGAGAACAUCUGUGCAAUCACAAAAACAUCACGUUCUUUUCAUGGCGUCGACAGAUGCUGGGCACGCGCAGAUUGCACGGAAUUAAAAUAUCAUUGUUGUUCUGUGCGGACAUUCCCGAGGGAAGACCACUGAUUGACGUACUUCAGAGCAUCGCGUCGGAAAAACACUUUUGGACCUACCAGAACGAAGUAAUUUUAUGCCGAGAAGAAGCAUCGGUGGAGAUUUCGCGACUUCUCUACAAGCUUACGAAUGGACACAUCUCUUAUACGUUAUAUAAUAUCAGUAAAUGCAUUAACUUUUGAUGCAGCAUAACAUUUACCAUUAAGACAGAUAUUAGGGAUCUCAAAUAUUGAGGGACAAAGGUUUAACUAAAAAAUUGGCCAGAACUGCAUAAAUAAUUUUAUUUCUUUUAGGAGUUUAGAUAAUAGUCACUAGUUUUUAAUUCACUACUUUCGAUUUGUUGUGUUUUGGUCACAUACAUUUCGAGAUUUGUUUCUAACGGUCAGGCCUCAACAUUGGUCAACAGAAACGUAGGGAACAUAGGUUAUUUAACUGAAGUGAUAACAAUUAUUUUUGAGAUGCUGACAGUCGUUCAGCUCGUCAAGAAACUGAUAACCUUUUACGAAGACCUAACUGCCACUGGCGAUUGCUGAACCUUCUGACAGCUAAAAAGUAAGGAUAAUCUAUGCUAAUUGGACAUUAUGAACGCGAAUGAGCCAUAAUUUAGAAAAUUAUUUACAAGCUGCCUGAACUCCAUAUAGAGAAGGAGGCAUUUAAAGGAAAUAUCUUAUGUAUAACUUAUUUACAUAAUUUCUUACAUUUGUAUGUUACCAAAGUUCAUUUUAUGAAAUAAGCUGAUGUCACUGAGGCAAGCAUGAUAAUAACAGAACCAUUUCUUUCAAAAAGGUUUUCAAUUCAUAGUGGGUUUAUGGUUUGUUCUAACGCGUAAUAAAAUUGUUUCCAUGAACACCUCACAACACAAGUUCCGGUUAACAUUUUUAUCAAUACUGUCUAGAACAGGCACAUUUAUAAUACAAAGUAGUCGUUGGUAUCAUUUAAUAUUUUCAUCGUUCUUUGAUAAUACAAAAAUAUUAACAACAAAAUUAUGAAUAGUUUUCUUGCAGCUCAAUUUUCGAUAACACUUACUUUAUAGUCAUGUUGAUUAUUUAAAUACUUUCACGCUUUCAUUUAUGUUUCACGUCGAUGUGAAUGACAACAAUUUAAACAAAUUACGGGAAGGAAUCACAUCUAAUUAAACGUUUCUCUGGCUCGUACGUGCGUGCUGUAUGUUCGUGUGUACUGGUGAACUGCCAUGUCUUGUAGUUCGUUCUUAAGCUUUGAUAAACUGAUUAACUCUUACAUUUAAAAGAAAAGAGAUCUAAUACGUUUACAAAAAUCUUGUAAUAUAUAAAUCCAUACGUAUUUUGGGAAAUAUUAUUCAAAAGUUAUCACAAUUCUGUUUAUGUAAAUUUUAACAUGCAGAAUUGUGACAUGUUUGUCAUUAAUCUAAAAGAUAUUUGCUUAUCUGUCUUUCAUAAUACUGUACCAGCACAUUAAUUUUUGAGAUAUCAAGUUAAAUGUAAUAGGAAACCACAAAGUCCGGUGAAUUUGGUGGCUGCUGAAUAUCUAUAAUUUGCUUAGUGACAUUCUGAAUAGACUAAAGUGUAAUGUGUGGUAUUGAUAUCCAUUACUGGAUUACAGAAUAGUAGUAUGAUAAUCAACAAAUCAGUUUUCAAGAACAAGGUAAUGAAACAAUAGCUACUCCCAUUAUAAUAAAAUGCAUAUGUGCGGUCUUUCACGUGUGCCAUGUUUCCAGACAAUCUGGCAUUCUUUGAUAACAAAUAUCUCUCUUAUUACACUUUAAGGGAAAUGCAUAAAUACACAUAACUCAGUCAGCUCAACAAUAAAACAUCUGACUUGUAUUUCGACGAACCAAUGUUAAAUGAACGACAAAACCCAGAUAUAAUAAAAAAUUUCGUACCGAAAUCUAACAGCCAAACGAAAAUGUGUCAAAAUUGUAUCGUUACUGGGAACCAAAAUAAAACUUCAAUGGCCUAAAAUAUACGUAAAUUAAUCUGCGAAUUUCAAAAUAUCCGAUAAUUUCUUUAUUUCAAAAUUCGCAUCCCUUUAAUGUUAUUGAGAGGAUGAAAAUUGGCCAUGUUUACUGAGUUUUAGGCCCACACUUCAUUCCCAUGCAGUCCUUAAUAUGGGCUUUUAAAGUAAUUUAUUUGGAAAAAUCUUUAUUAUUACUCCUAUAAUUCAUUUUAUUUUAUCAGAAUAAUAUUCAUAGUAAAAACUUUAAGCCUUAAUGUAAUGUUUAAGAUAAAGUUCUCUAAUCCCCCCCACCCAAUAUUCCA